AACGGGAACUUUUUCAUCGAGCUGCAAUGAAAAAAUACCAGGCGACAACUGAAUCAGCCUGAGCAAAACCCAAUACUUCGCGGCACGGCCAUCCCACGACCGACGUUACCCGGCGGGGUGCUGCGCGUUUUACACCAUGCCGAAGGCAACAACACCGAGCUCGUCUCAAAAGAGGCGACACAACCCGCUCGAAGAUGACCUCCUGGCGACAGGGAUUCUCAAGAACCGCGAGGGCCGCCCGUCUAAGCGGGCCGGCAAGAAGCAGGCCGAGGAGCAGGGCUAUGUCGAUGCCAAGGCUUCCCGCAAAAUUCUGGCUAUGAGCCGUGAUCUCAUAGACGAGGAGGAACUGCAGUCCGGCUCGGCCGCCGGCGGAGAUGCGCGCGGCCGGUCGGCGUUCGAUUUCGACCCGUCCCGGCUCGAUGCCGGUAGCGACGUCGAGGAGGAUGAGUUCGCCAAUGAGGAAGCCUGGGGUGACGAGGAGGAUGUUGUCGAGGAGGUCGAGGUCGAUGGUGCCGACCUCGAGACAUUCAACCGCUUCAUCACACCCACCAUGAACGACGACCCCCUGUUGACACACGGUUGGGACGGGAAGCCGGCUGACGCGGCAGAAGACCAAAAACCAGGGACGAACCUGGCAGACCUAAUUAUGGCGAAGAUUGCAGAGAAGGAGGCCAUGCAGGGUGGCCAGGGCGAAGACCGCAACCCAGUGGAGGAAGACUUCGAGUUAUCACCGAAGGUCGUGGAGGUCUAUACCAAGAUUGGGCUCAUUCUUGCCCGCUACAAGUCGGGUCCGUUGCCCAAACCGUUCAAGAUCCUGCCACAGAUUCCUCACUGGGAGGACAUCCUACAGAUCACACGACCUGAUUUAUGGACUCCAAAUGCCUGUUACGCUGCGACGAGGAUAUUCGUGUCAGCGAAACCAUUAGUCGUGCAGCGAUUUAUGGAGAUGGUCAUCUUGGAGCGUGUCCGCGAGGACAUCCACGAGCACAAGAAGCUCAACGUCCACUUGUUCAACUGCCUAAAGCGGGGUCUUUUUAAACCCGCCGGCUUCUUCAAGGGCUUCUUGUUUCCCUUAGCCGCGUCCGGCACCUGCACAUUGCGUGAGGCGCAAAUCAUAUCAGCCGUCCUGGCUCGCGUGUCUAUUCCGGUCCUCCACUCGGCUGCUGCCAUCAAGACACUGUGCGAUAUUGCCGCAGAGCAGGCCUCUCAGCAAUCCGAAUGCGUCAGCGCAACCAACUAUAUGCUGAAGGUUCUGUUGGAGAAGCGAUAUGCAUUGCCAUGGCAAUGUGUGGACUCCCUCGUUUUCCAUUUCCUUCGGUAUGCCGCUUCCGCCAGAGACGGAGAUGCUGCGCCCAAGGCGUUGCCCGUAAUCUUCCACCAGUGCAUGCUUGUUUUCGCGCAGCGAUACCGCAAUGAUAUCACCGAGGAUCAGAGAGAGGCUCUCUUGGACCUUCUACUCAACCAUGGCCACGAAAAGAUUGCGCCUGAGAUCAGGAGAGAGCUGCUGGCCGGACGGGGCAGAGGUGUCCCAGUCGAGCAGCCCCAGCCGGCCUUUGACGGCGACGAUACGAUGCUAGUGGACUCAUGAGGCUAGGGUCCGGGCAUUCUCUCUCUCGUCUUCUUCCACAGCCGGCGGGGGAAAGUUCUCCGCUGUUGGUGUGAACCAACGAUUCUGUCUCGGUGACGGCUUCCGUUGGCACGGUUGCUACGCGAAUGGCGAGCUCGCCGUCGCUCGCAACAUUGUGGGUCUGGCCAGGCCGAUGCUGACGCUUCAGAUGCACGGCGGUCAUUCAGCUGUCGCUCCGCGGUUCCCUUGAGAUUUCAGUUUUCCCUGA